AUGAAGAAGAGGAAAGCAGCCUAUAGGGCUAGUGGUAGGAAAUCCUUAGCUAGUCAGGUUGACGUUGAUGUCUCUAUUUCUCAUUCUCCAUGUGUUACACCUAUCCCAAUGUCUCAAACUGUACAACCCGAUCCUAACCCUGGCUCCCCUGCAUCCAAACUCAAUCCUGUUGCCAGCCUUGAAUUGCAAGGCCAGUACUCUGUUAUUGGUGCAGAUAACCAGAAAUCAGUGCAGAAAUGCGUUGAUAAUUGCCAGUUUUUGAAAAGAGGGGACCAUAAAAGUAGCAGAGGACCCCCACUCCCGUGUUUUUCACAGCUGACUGUUCUUGGUCCCCAAGGCCUUGGGGGCCUGGAGGCCAGUUCUGGGUGUGAGCACCUUGAACUUGUUCGUGUUGAAAACAAAGUUCAAAAUAGAAAUGAAUUGGACAGUAUUGUCUUCAGUUCAUCAAGGAGACUGGAUUAUCUCAAUCGAUAUGGAAGAUGCGUACUUCCAUAUCCCUAUUCACCAAGACUUGAUAAAAUUCCUGAGGUUGAGCUUGGUAUUCUUCAGCAAGCAUACACAUCUCUUGUGAGUCAGAUGAAAGCCAUCUUUAAUAAAAGAUUAUGGUACAUAAUGUUAGAACAGUUCUUGAUGAAGUAUGUAUGGUCAGGAGCUGGAAUGGUAAUGGUGGCCAUUCCUCUUUUGACCUCAACUAAAAACGAAGCUGAAGAAUCAGAUGGUGGUGUUUCUGACCGAACACAGUAUUUUACAACUGCCAAAAACAUGCUUGCAUCUGGUGCUGAUGCUGUAGAACGUCUUAUGACAUCAUAUAAGGCCUCGAUAUGCACUUCUUGAUGAGUGUACAAGUGCUGUCAGCAUUGACGUAGAAGGACAGAUGUAUCAAGCAGCUAAAGAUCAUGGCAUCACACUGCUUACCAUCACACACCGUCCAACAUUAUGGAAAUUUCACACUCAUAUACUCCAGUUUGAUGGUGAAGGGGGCUGGAAGUUCGAUCGCUUAGAUACUGACAAACGCCUCACUCUGAAAGAAGAAAAGAAGCACUUGGAGUCUCUCCUGUCAGACAUCCCUACCAAGAUGGAUAGAUUGAAGGAACUCUGCAGUAUCCUUGGAGAAGAUUCAAAAGUCGUUGAUGGUGCUGUGAAAGGAGACAUAGGUAGUGACUCUACAUUGUCUGACUAAUUUUAUAUUUGGCCUUGCUAUGAUAAUAUGUUUCUAGUAAUAAUUUAAUUGAUGGUAGUAACUUUACGUUUCAUAUUAUACAGGGUUGCUAUCAUCUAAGGCAGAAAUUUUUUUCAUUGCUACUACUUUAGAUUUUUGGACAUGGUUUUGAAAUUAACCAAAAAUGACAGCUAGUCUUGAAAAUGAGCUUUACUUUGAGAUUUUGUUAUUGGUCACUGUUAUUUAUAUAGAGUAGUUUAAUCUAUAUGAAUUUUAAAGACUGCUUUAUACCAAGAUACAAUACUGUAUCAGGUUAUUUCUUAUCCUGGGAAAUGAAAAUUUAAAAGUAUAAGUGGCCAACAAAAACUAGCGACAAAGUCCCCAGGAUGGCUAGAAGAUUGUGCCCAAGCAUCAAAAUCCAGCAGGUAGCUCCUAAGGUAAAGUCUUUACUUUGACCUUUAGCUAUGGUAACAUUAUUCGUAAAUAAAGUAAGUUUUAAAUUUUCCUGGAGAAAAUUCAAUGCAACAAUUUUAUUUUUCAGUAAUGUACAGUAUACUCCUUAGUUUCUAUAGAACUAUGUUUCAUAUAGCUGUAGGUUAUUUUUUCUAGAUAAUUUCUUUGUACAUUUUUUAAAACUUUUUUUUAGACAUGAAAGGUUUUAUGUGCAUUGAGUGUAUUAAUCUUUCACUUAAAUUAAAUUUUCUCCCACUUGAAAACAAUAUAAAAAAAGAGAAAAACCAUUAACCUCAGCCAUAUUAUGGUGCCCCAUACUCUUACUAGUUUGCCACUCCGAAGAUGUUAUUUUGCUCAUUAUUUAAAUAAACAAAAUUUGUGCAUUAGCAAUUUUUGUAUGCAGUCAGCUUUCAGUGCUGCUGUGGCUAACUCCGUGGCCCCUACUUAAAUGUCAUCUGACUCUUACCUGUUAUUAAGACACAAUACCUAUGGGAUUUACUCCUUUAAGUUCUUGUUGCUUACUUCAGUUUUUCAAGUAGCAUUAAAAAUUUCACAGAUAAAAGGUUUACUGUUGCCUUAUGGAGGUGGUCAUGCUUUCAAGGCUGAGAUAAAACGGAGACCUCUGAAUGUGCACACUCCUAACAAACCUUUUUACUGUCGACUUCCGUUUCAGUUCUGAAUGACCUCAGGUUCCAGUACUUGGCCUUAGGCCCAAUGUAUAUUUUAAAUUCUGUUCUCUUCAGUACCUUAUAUCUUUAAAAUGGAUACUGAAUGUCUUCUGAAUGAUGUAUGUCUCCUUUUUCUCAUGAAGGGAAAAGUAGAUCUCAGCAAAGUUCAGUGUUUGUGCCUGAUAUCAGUUUUAUUGACAUGAUUUCACCAUAUAAAACAGCCCUACAUGUAUAUGUAUGAAGCAACUUACAUUAGUUUAACAUUGAAAAUAAAUUAUUUCUUACAUAAGAUUGCUCAAUUCCCACUUUUGGGCCACGUAACGGACCCAGGUGUAAAUGGGUAUUGGAGUUAGCAUGGAGCCAAGUGUGGGUCAGGAAGGAAUCAGGCACCAUAAAGCACAGCCCCAGUAGUAUGGGAUUGAAUUUGGCAUUUAAUAUAAGGGCAUAAUCGUAAAGUUCUAAAAAGAUUAAUAAAAAGAAUAAUUUAUAUUAGUAUAUAAUUAUAGUGCUCUAUAAAGUUCUUAUGGGAUGAAUAAAAAUAAUUCAUAUCAAUAUAUGUAUAAUCAUACUGCAAAAUGUGUGGAUGCUGAGUUGUAUGGAUUUAAGUUGUGCAGUGUGUUUGUGUUUCCUAACAAGCUUGACAGGAAAGCCAACCAGUCGUAACUAGUCUGUUUUUGCCAAGAUGAUUUAAGUGAGCAGAUUCUGAUGAGAAGAGGUCUAGUAUGAAACUGCCUUUGAAUUUAGUCAUUUCAGGUAUUUAUUUGCAUUAAGUUCAUUUAUAUGUAUACAAAACCACAAUUUAAUGGCAUCAGUGAAUUAUAAUUGAAAUGUUUCCAUAAUCUUUCAUGUUACAAAAUAAAGAGGUAUGUAUCUUUCUCAAUAUUAUUGCAACUAUUUAUAACUUAGUAAGGUAAAAUAUUCUUAAAACUGUGAAAACCUAAGCUGUUGAAAGAAGGGAGUUAUUCUAGAGAAUCACGGACUUAUCAGAUCUAUGAGUAAAAGCUGUACUAAAUUGUAUGCAGAUUCAUGGUAACAAAGGAAGAGACUGUUCAGUGAUUAUAAUCUUUUGGGUGAGCAAAUUGAGACCAACUUUAUAUUUUUAAUUUUAUUUUUGUCUGGAUAUUUGGCAGAAAGUGACCAUGUGAACCCGUAAGUGAUUAGGAACCAAUAAGAUUUAGUUCCCAGUGAAAGUUUGUAAGGUUUAUUUUAUGUUAAAAGGAACUGGUUUCCUGUUGAUUCUUUAUAAGAGGUAUAGUUGGUUUUUUCCUGUUGGCACAUAAAUGUUAGCUUUAAAAUGAUAAUUAACAUUUUCUUGUGUCUUGUGUUAGACUUAAAAGGUAAUCAUCUUUUGUUUUCUCUAUUAUUUUUGUUCAUGCAGUGUUACAAUUGGCUUCCUGAAAUUUAUAGGAUGAUAGUUCCAGGUUCCCUUAAAACCAUUUACCUUGCAUUCCUUUGGGACUUGCUUUUAUAAUAGUAUUAACAUUGCUAUACUUAUAUCAUGAAUUUCUGAUUCCUGUCUUCAGCUGUAUACAAACUAGUUGUAAAAUGUCCUUAAAUGUGUAAAUAAAAAAAAACAUGAAGCUGUUGAUAGUUUAGGUCUCGUAGGGAUACUAUUAGCAAUAUAAUUUUUAGGAUACUGUAAUCGAAUCACUUAUUUUUGUCAUUAUGAAGUACAUUACAGUAGUUUAAAUAUGCCACCAAUUCACAAUCUUAAAUGAGAUAUGCUCUUUCUGUCUAAGCUGCUAUCAGGUCUCAUUUGUUAUCUAUACACUUUUUGUUCAUGAUUUAUUGGAUCUUCCAGUGGCUCUUUCUUCUUGUUUCUUAAAUAUUUAUGCCAUUCUGACCAAUUUUUAAUCAUCCCUUCUCAUGUCCAGACCAUCUCAAACUUGAGGUCUCAGUCUUUUUUUCCUGUCUUUUGAUACCACAUUUCCCAGUUCCUCAUUUGUGAAUUCUCUUGCUGUACUAAGACCCAGAAUCUUAACAUUCUGUAGUUUCAGACAAUCUCCAUUUUUCUUGUCAUUGCUGAUGUUUCUGUUGCAUAGCUUAGUACAGGCCUUAUGUAUCCAUUGUAAGUAUAUUUGAUUUAUUUACUAGUGGGACAUUUUUCUUUACUAAUAGUAAUUGAGCUUUUUAUAUCCAUUUCAUCCAUGCUGCUGCAGCAGCAUGGAUGAAAUGUAUAUAAAAUGCGCAAUUUUUAUUAGUAGAGAAAAAUGUCCCACUAGUAAAGAAAGCAAAUACUUACAAUGAAUACAUAAGGCCUGAAAUAUAGCAAGUAACUGGAGGCCUAUCACCUGCCUACCAGUAAUGUGGAAGUUACUAACGGGUAACAUCAGUGAAAGGCUAUACAACUAACUAGAUACAGACACCAUCCCCCAUCAAAAGAAAGGCUGCAGAAGGAGGUGUAGGGGCACAAAAGACCAGCUCCUGAUAGACAAAAUGGUAAUGAAGAACAGUAAGAGAAGGGAACCAACCUAAGCAUGGCAUGGAUUGACUGCAAGAAAGCCUUCAACAUGAUACCACACUCGUGACUAAUAGAAUGCCUGAAAAUAUAUGGGGCAGAGGAAAACACCAUCAGGUUCCUAAAAAAUACAAUGCACAACUGGAUCAAUACAGGCAGUGGUUAUCGGUGGAGGUUCCGUUCCCAGGGUUGUACCAAUAAGCGAAAACCACCAAUAAUUGAAACUGCAAUUUAUGGCGCUGAUAAGCACCCUUAUGGGGCCAUACUGCCUGUACUUACAAGCUCUGUAAUAAGACUAGCAGAGGUUAACAUCAGGAGAGGGAUCUUCCAGGGUGACUCCUGUCCACACUACUCUUCAUAUUAACCAUGAUUCCCAUGACAAAAGUAGUACUGCAGAAAAUGGAUGCUGGGUACCAACUCAAGAAAGGGUACAACAGAAUUAACCAUCUGAUGUUCAUGGAUGACAUCAAGCUGUAUGGUAAGAGCAUCAAGGACAUAGAUACCCUAAUGUAGAUUGUAUCUGUGGAUGUCAAGAUCAAGUUUGGAAUAGAAAAAUGUGCCUUGGUCAAUAUAAAAAGAGGCAAAGUGACAAGGACUGAAGGGAUGAAGCUACCAGAUGGGAACAGCAUCAAACACAUAGAUGAGACAGGAUACAAAUACUUGGGAAUAAUUGAAGGAGAGGAUAUAAAACACCAAGAGAUGAAGGACACGAUCAGGAAAAAAUAUAUGUAGAGACUUGAGGCGAUACUCAUGUCAAAAAGAUACGUAUGCAGACUUAAGGUGAUACUCAAGUCAAAAUAAUGCCAGAAAUAUGAUGAAAGCCAUAAAUACGUGGGCAGCACGAUAAUCAGAUACAGCACAGGAGUAGUGGAGUGGACGAAUGCUGAACUUGCAGUAUAGACCAGAAAACUAGGAAACACAUGACAAUACACAAAGCACUACACCCAAGAGCAAACACAAAAGGAAAGAGGGAGAGGACUACUAAGCAUAGAGGUCUAUCAACAUCGAGAGCAGAGCCCUGGGGCAAUAUCUGAAAACCAGUGAAAAUGAGUGGCUCAGGAAUGUAUAUGCAUGGAAGAAGGACUGAUAAAAGUAGACAAAGACCAGAAAUAUACAGACAGGAGAAUAACAAACAGAACGGAGGAAUGGUACAACAAACCAAUGCAAUGACAGUAUACAUACAUGAGAUAAACUAAAGAACUGGCCAGUGAUGAAAAAUGGCUACAGAGGGGAGAACUCAAGAAAGAAACAGAAGGAAUGCUAACAGUGGCACAAGAUCAGGCCCUAUGAACCAGAUACAUUCAAAGAACGAUAGAUGGAAAUAACAUCUCACCCAUAUGCAGGAAGUGCAAUAUGAAAAACAAGACUGUUAACCACAUAGCAAGUGAAUGUCUGGCUCUUGCACAUAACCAGCACAAAAAGAGGUAUGAUUCAACAGCAAAAGACCUCAACUGGAGCCUGUACAAGAAACACCAGCUACCUUGCAAUAAUAAGUGGUAUGAGCACCAACCUGAGGGAAUGAUAGAAAACGAUCAGGCAAAGAUCCUCUGGGACUAUGGUAUCACAACAGACUGGUUGAUACAUGCCCAUAGAGCAGACAUGACGUUGAUUGACAAAAUCAAGAAGAAAGUAUCGCUCUUUGAUGUCACAAUACCAUGGGACACCAGUGUAGAUGAGAAAGAAGGAGAAAAAAUUGAUAAGUAUCAAGACCUGAAAAUAGAAAUACGUAAGAAGUAUGUGAGAUAUGCCAGUGGAAAUUGUACCCAUAAUUAUAGGAACACUAUGCACGAUCCCAAGAUCCCUGAAAAGGAACCUGGAAAAACUAGAUACGCAGUGAAGUAGCUUCAGGACUCGUGCAAAGUGAUGGACUUCCAAGGAGGCAGGAUGUAACCCAGAACCCCAGACUGUAAAAACCAUCCGGUCAAAUAGGAUGUUUGUGAUAGACCAAAAAAAAAAUACCAAUAAUAAAUAGUAAAUUAUAUUUAAGCUCAACGCCAUAUAGUGCAUACAUAGAAUAUACAAAAUAUGUAGAGACUGCAACAUACACACAAUCUAGAUACUUAGAUAACUUGAAAAAUUAUACUAAUUGGCAAUAUCCACACAAUUGCUGAAGAAGUAGAAAAAAAAGCAUUCGAAUGGUAAUAACAGUAAUUAUAAUGAGAAUAAUAGUAAAAAAAUAUUAAAAAUUAUAAUUCAAAAAACAGAUUACAGACAAUUAAUUUCCUGCUAGGGACCUUAGUGGUUACAUAAGUCAGAUCCAGAAGGCUAAAUGCAAACAUUGACAAUAGCAAAACUCUAGAAUGCUGUAUGUGUGUAAUACUUAGAAAUAUAGUACUAAUAAUGAUAACAGAUUUUGCAAAAAUGACAAAUUUUUAAUCUAUUUGUAUUUUUCAUAGCUAACAAACCUGAGGUCUUAACAAUAGCUGGAAACCAGUUAAAAGCAAUCAAUCUGUGGCGUCUAGCAACUCAUGCGUAUAUGAGGUGAAAAAUAGUCACCGACCAGCCAUAGAACACUGACAUGUCAGUCUUUCCCCCAACCCAGGAAAAGAGAGGGACGGUUCGAGCUGGGCCGUAAAUGUUAAGACCUCAGGUUUGUUAGCUAUGAAAAAUACAAAUUGAUUAAAAAUUUGUCAUUUGUUCAUACGUAGAACAAACCUUUGGUAAGCGCCUCAGUGGCGUGGUUGGUAUGGUGUUUGCGUCCCACCUCGGUGGUCGCAGGUUCGAUUCUCGGCCAUUCCAUUGAGGAGUGAGAGAUGUGUAUUUCUGGUGAUAGAAGUUCACUCUCGACGUGGUUCGGAAGUCACGUAAAGCCAUUGGUCCCGUUGCUGAAUAACCACUGGUUCCAUGCAAUAUAAAAACACCAUACAAACAAACAAACAAACCUUUGGUAUUAACAAUAGGAUAGACUUAUACUUGGAGGGAGGUACAAGUACCCUAAACCAGGGAGUUUAACCCACCUGAUCACCCUUCCUAGAAGAACAAGUUCUAAAGAAGGGGGUCCAAGCCCAUGAGAGAAUAGACAAUUGCAUAUCUAAAAACUUGGUUGUCUGGGUUGAAACAGUAAUACUAUACGUAUGACCAGAUUCAUUACAUUCCAGGAACAAAAGAAAACUGCCUGCUCAGGCAACAAACCAUGCAAGCCACAGAGGUUUGUCACCACUUCUCACUCCCCUUGCUAGAGAGAGGAGCACUUGCUACUAAAUAGCAGAUUUGUGUAUUGUAUAGUAACAAUUCAAAACCACCACCGGAAUGACCACCCUACUCGCCUGUAUCAGACCAGUUCCAGCAUAUGACGUGUCUAUUCUUUGACCUGCCCGUAGGAAGAAAGGAAAAAAGUGAAAGAAAGAGGCCAGCCAACUGACUCAUUUUCUCUUCCACACAAUGAUCUUAGGUAAGAUACAAUUGUCCCAACAGGGGCACUGGGUGAAUUACACAACUUGUUGGGCAGCCACCACUGAACCCAAGGAAAAUGUGACCUAAGACUUGUGGGCAACAUCCUUUAGGUAAAAAGAGGUGAAUGUGGAUUGAUGAAGCCAAGAGCCAGAGCUCACCAGAGCUCAAAAUUCUGUGAACAAACAAGUUUUUCUUUCUUAUACUUCUGAUGUCAUGUCUUCUGGCCUGCACAGACUCAGCGACAGAAUUAGCAAGUAAGGAAUAAGUUUAAUCAUCUCAUGUAACCAGAAUGGAAUUGUGUUUUUGGACAAUUCCCUUCUGGGCUGGCCUGUGCUAACAAAAGGUCUACAGCACCUAGGCUUUAGGUGACGAGUCCCCUUCAGAUAGCAUCGCAGUGCUCUGACAGGGCAAAGCAAGAGCUCUUGUGGAUCGUUGUCCACAGUCAUUCAGUGAGGGAAUGGAAAACAAGGCAAAUUUGUCAUCAUGCACCAAGGGAUUCUGGGUCUAAGCGAUGAAUUCUGGGACAAAUUCAAAGGCCACAGACCUCCAACCUCUGAUGUGUUUAACAUCAUAACAGGUCAUGAAGCUCCACAACUUUCUUUGAAAAGCCAAGGCUAACAGGGAAACCGUCUAUAGAGUCAGAUCCCUGUCUGAUGACCAACGUAGGGGCUCGAAUGGAGCUCGAGCAUGACUUCUCAGGACUAGAGAAGGAUCCCACGCAAGAGGCUUGAGUUCUUCUGGAGAACAGGACUGUUCAAAAGGAAAGAGCUCUAGCUGAAACAAAAAGACUUUUCUCAAUCCUGAGGAAGAUGAGAAGAUCUGCUAACCACUGAACAGAAGCUCUGAGUGGAGAGAAACCUUAAUGAUUACACCAUUCACAGUAGACUGCCCAUUUCCCCUGGUAAACGGCUGACAAAGAUUUCUUGAGAUAGCCAGACAUUCGAUGACAGUUGCGCUGCACCAGUGGGCGAUCAACAACUUGGUGGAGCUCUCCGCCAGUUACAUUCCAAGAAAAAGGAAUGUGGCCCACAAGCUGAGUCGUUGGGACCAAAUCCUGGACAUGGAGUGGCCUCUGCAUCAGGACGUGGCAGACGGGCUUUUUCACGUUUGGGGAAGGCCUAUGCUAGGCCUCUUCACCACUCGCAUCAACAGGAAGUUGGAGGUUCAGUGGUCCCGGAUCCUCAUAAUCUAGCAGAAGAUGCCUUGGGACAAUCUCGAGGUGUGAGCCUUCCCUCUGUUUUGCCUGAUCUCUCAACUUCUAAACAGAGUAUAAUGAGUUCUUGAAAUCUCAGGAUGACCUAGAUUAAGUCAUUUAUGGAACAGACACCUCAUUAUCCCAUCUUUCCCACGAUUUAGAUCUUGCCUUGCUGCUUAGGACGCUUUGUAUGAGUGAUUUGCUGCUGUUUCUCAGUCAGGUGAUUAGACUGGACAUUGCUUGUGGUGAAGUGGUAACGAGGAGUGUUUGUGAGGUGUCUUGAAAUGGCAUUGUAAACAGCGGGGAUAUGGCUAAUGGAUUCUCAGGUAUAGCUCGUCCAAAGGGAACUCCCUUAUUUCCUUUUUUAUCAGGUUUUUAUAUACAGUAUUGUGGUAAACUCAUGAAUGACUGGCUCUCAGGCUUCUUAUAUGAAACCACUUUCAUCCAUAUCAUUAUGGAUGAAGCUGGGGUCUAGAAAGUCUUUUUAAAAUCAACUGUUAUGUUUUCAGUUGGUCCUUUUAUGCAUAUGCUUUUUUUUUCUUUUGUUUGGGAUGCCUUGAUGGUUAGUCUAAUAAAAAGGGAAAUGAGUUUGUGGUGAGCAAACAUUUAAUGUUAAUUAUUAAGCGAUGAGCAAACAAUGUUAAUUAUUAAGCAAGUAAUUUUUUGUUACUAAUUAAAGAAAUUUUACCUGAACCAAUUUUAUUAAGCAGAUAAAUCUGGAAUGUAAUUGCCUCAAUUUCAAAUUUGGAUUUGUUUAAUUAACACUUAAUCUUUUGGGUUCAUGUACAGUUUAUUUAAAUUAACAAUAAUAAACACUUCUACACUAUAAGUUUGACUGGAUUUUAGAAUAUAAAGUAGAUUGCCUUUUAAUACAAUAGAGACACAAGAAAAAAUAUUUUUUAUAAGGAAAUCAAACAUUAUUGGCAUUUCAGUUGAAUGUUGGUACAGGCAGUCCCCAGUUUACGAAGGGGGUUCCAUUCUUGAGACAUGUCGUAAUCCGGAACAUCGUUGAAAAUCAUAAAAAAUCCUAAGAAACCCUUAUUUUUAAUGCUUUGGGUGUAUUAAAAUCUAUGUAAACUGCUUUUUUAUUGCCUUUUUCGUUAAGAAAACUUUCAAAUAUUGAUUAUUUUGCCUUUUUGGAGUUAUAUUUCUUCCCUCAGAACGGCGUCGUAACCCUAGAACAGGUGGCGUAAACCUGGAAAUAAUUUCUGAAUAAUAUAAUUGAAAAGCGUCGUAACCUAGGAAUGUAGUAAGCUGAAACCUUUUUAAACCGGGUACUGCCUGUACUUUAUAGUUUUCAUAAUAUACUAGUAUAUGGAGAAUUUACAUUUUCCUCAAUUUUCCUUCAUAGUUAUGUAGAAUUUAAUAUUUUUUUAUUUUGCUUUUUUGAUUACUUUAAGGAGUGAAUUCUUCUGUAAACUAACAUUGUAGGUGAGUCAGAAAAGAUAAUACAUGUAUCUAGUAUCAUCUGCACUUCUAGAAUUGUAGUUUAGGUCUGUUAUUGGUUAUACAGUAUAUAUAUAUAAGGCAGUCCCCGGGUUACGACGGGGGUUCCGUUCUUGAGACGCGUCGUAAGCCGAAAAUCGUCGUAAGCCGGAACGACGCUUGGAAAUAUGUCUUAAACUAAUAAAAAGUUAUAAAAAACCUUACUUGUAUCCUUUUGGUUACACUACAUGUCGUUUCCUGUAGUUUUAUGUACAACCUGGAGUUAUUUUCAUAAAAGAAUGCUGGUUCUUGAAGGUAAAAACUAUUGUAAUCCUCUGGUGACACUACAUUCUUGAAGUUUUAUGUACAACCUGGAGUGAUUUUGCAAAAUCUUGAGGGCUACAAGAACAGCUGAUUACUAUUUACGUAUCAUAUAGACUAAUUAAAGUAAAUGUAUCUUUAAAUAGGCUUAUAUAUUAGUAUCAACAAAACAUUUCCUGCCAUGAGUCAGAGGCCGUUUAAUGAAACGAACACUUCUCUGUCCUAUCUGUUCAGAAAAUAAACGUUACGUCAAUCCCCGAGACCAUUGUUGCCAAAGCGUCUCUCUCUCUCUCUCUCUCUCUCUCUCUCUCUCUCUCUCUCUCUCUCUCUCUCUCUCUCUGAUCAAAUUACAU